GUCCUUCUCUGGGGGGCGGGGCCCGCCCACAUCAUAAUAUGGGAGAGGGAAGUGACUCUGGCUGAACCUUGGACCAAACAAACGUUCAUCGUUUUAAGCUUUUUGCAUUCUUAAUUACACACAUCAAGAGGGAAACAAGAGGGACAUCAUGGUAACAGAGGGUGAGCCCACGGACUUGGUCAAAGUUCUUCACCUUCUGGUGCUCUCUUUCACCUGGGGCAUGCAGGUCUGGGUCUCCUUCAUCGCAGGUUUUGCCUUGGUGUGGCAGGUAUCUCUGCACACCUUUGGCCUGGUGCAGAGUAAACUCUUCCCCGUAUACUUCUACUGUCUGAUGGGUAGCAAUGUUGUCAGCCUGGCUGUGUACGCGGUGUACCACCCCCGAGAGCUGCUGGACUGGCACGAAAGUGUGCAGAUGGGUCUGUACUUUGUGGCGCUGAUCAUGGCAGGUCUGAAUGCCCAGUGGUUUGGCCCAGCGGCCACUGAGGUGAUGUUCCAGAUGAGGGAGGUGGAGAAGGAGCACGGCCUUGGGGACCAGAUUGGCCUGGGCAGCCAGAAAGAAGAGUAUGCUAAGCUCAAAGAGCAGGACCCCAAGUACAGAGCCUUUAAGAGAACGUUCGGCCGCAACCACGGCUUAUCCAACCUCUGCAACCUGAUAGGCUUCAUCUGCACUACGACUAAUUUGAUCUACACAGCUCUGAAUUUAUCUACCAUUUAGAGAAGCGCAGUUUUCAAUUUGUAGAAUAUCUAACUGUUGAUGUCUGCCAUCAUCACAGCAGCUCAUAUGAUAUGGCAAAAAUGAUUUGUCAGUCAACAAGAUUAAUGUGUAUGGACAUAAAGUGUGAGUGAUAUCAUGUGAAUGUAGUUUGCAGAAAUGCUGUGUCCCUAUGAGGGAGGAUGCCUUUUGUUGCCGUUGAGCUUCCAAAACACUCACCAUUGCUAUUCGUUUUUAUCAGGCGGUUAAGCACUUUAAUCUGUUCAGUCAGUAUCUAACUGCUGUCUCACGAAAUAACAUGCAUUUUUUCAUUUUCAUAUUUCAAGCAAAGUCCAUUGUAUGUAUGUAUAUAGCCUCAAAUCACAGUUUGCAUUGCCUCAGUGGGCUUUACAAUCAGUACUGUGUACGGCACCCACUGUCCUUAGAUCCAGAUUCAAGAAAGGAUUUUUUUAUUUAAUUGAUUAUGUGGUUUGUGAUAAUACCCCCUCUUAAUAAUUAGAUUUUCAUUUACAAACAGUCCAAUUCAGCCUUAGUUGCUGUAAGAGUGAUUCAGUUUCAUCCCCAGCAGGAGGCGAUGUUUGGACACCAGUGUAUUCAGGGAAAGUUUGUAGUUCCAUUGACAAGCACAGCACUGACUACAGCGUUUCGUUCGCAAAUGAUUGUGUUUGUUGUAAUGGAAAUUUGUGUUAAAUUUGUCCACACUGUUGCAUUAACACUGUGAUUGUGUGAAUAAACAGAGUGCUGUUAUUAA